UCCCCAUCCUCCUUCACCCAUCCCCAUCUCUUCACCCCAUCCACGCACAUCGCGAAUUCCUUCGUUACAUUCCCCAGACCCCUGCAUAGGUUGUCUAUAAGAAGCCUACUGCUUCUCACAGUUUCGGACUAUGGGUAACCAGCAGUCCAACAUCGGCGGAGGCCCCGGUGGCGAUGGAAGAGAUGAGAAGGACAAGAAGAAGGACAAGCCCAGAUACGAACCUCCUCCGCCGCCUACGACUCGUCUCGGACGUAAGAAGCGCAAGGCUGCCGGCCCGAGUACUGCCUCCAAGCUUCCAGACAUCUUCCCAACGUCACGAUGUAAAUUACGAUACCUCCGAAUGCAACGAGUCCACGACCAUUUGUUGCUAGAGGAAGAGUACGUGGAGAAUAUGGAACGCCUGCGCAAGACCAAGGCUCAGGCUGCGCUGGAUUCGGCGAACCGUAAUGAUCUCGACAUCAUGGAUCGGAACGCCGAUGAGAGAAGCCGGGUUGAUGACAUGAGAGGCAGCCCCAUGGGUGUCGGAAACCUGGAAGAGCUGAUUGACGAUGACCACGCCAUCGUUUCGAGCGCGACUGGACCGGAAUACUAUGUUUCGAUCAUGUCGUUCGUUGACAAGGACCUUCUCGAGCCUGGUGCUAGCAUUCUUCUACACCACAAGUCGGUCUCGGUUGUCGGUGUGCUCACCGAAGAAUCCGACCCCCUCGUAUCAGUGAUGAAGCUCGACAAAGCUCCCACAGAAUCAUAUGCCGAUAUUGGUGGUCUGGAAACCCAGAUCCAGGAAGUCCGGGAGUCUGUGGAGCUUCCUUUGCUCCACCCGGAGCUGUACGAGGAGAUGGGUAUCAAGCCACCCAAGGGUGUCAUUCUUUACGGUGCCCCUGGUACCGGAAAGACGCUUCUGGCCAAGGCUGUCGCGAACCAAACCAGUGCUACUUUCCUCCGUAUCGUUGGUAGUGAGCUGAUUCAGAAGUACCUUGGAGAUGGCCCUCGUCUGGUCCGUCAAAUCUUCCAGGUUGCAGCUGAGCACGCACCCUCCAUUGUUUUCAUUGAUGAAAUCGAUGCGAUUGGUACGAAGCGUUAUGAUUCUACGUCGGGUGGUGAACGAGAAAUCCAGCGUACUAUGCUUGAGCUUCUUAACCAGCUUGAUGGAUUCGAUGAUCGCGGUGACGUCAAGGUCAUCAUGGCCACCAACAAGAUUGAGACCUUGGAUCCUGCUUUGAUCCGCCCGGGACGUAUUGACAGAAAGAUUCUCUUCGAAAACCCAGACCAAAACACCAAGAAGAAGAUCUUUACCCUACACACUUCCAAGAUGUCGCUCGGAGAUGAUGUGGACUUGGACGAGUUCAUCAACCAGAAGGAUGAUCUCUCUGGUGCUGAUAUUCGUGCUAUCUGCACUGAAGCUGGUUUGAUGGCGCUGAGAGAGCGCCGGAUGCGGGUGCAGAUGGAUGACUUCCGCGCAGCCAGAGAGCGGAUCAUGAAGACGAAGCAGGACGGAGGUCCAGUGGAGGGACUGUACUUGUAGGCGUGCAGAUAUCGAUGUUGUACUUAGAUCUUCCCUAGUUGAACCGAUGUAGCGCGGUGGUAUUAGGUCAAGAAUCUAUCCUAGUGUAUCUUUACAAUAGUAGCACCGGGUCACUUUGGUGGCCUGUAAGCAGUGUUUUCACG